UCAUGGUAUUAUGAUAAAUCUCAAACAGAAAGCCGAAGAGCGAACAUCGUGAAAUUGUAACCAUUGCGAUUUUGUAUAGUGAUAUUACUCAUGAUUCUGGUCCUAAACAUCGAAAUACAAUUGACCAAAGGAAAUCACAUAACCUAUAGUGAUACCGUAGCAGUUUAACGGCGUAGAAAAGUGAAAGCUGUGCAAUUAAUGUUAACGUUGCAAUGAAUUCAUUGCUAAUAGAAGGAGUUUAAUAAUAUUAUUUAACAAUUCUUUAAUAUAAUUAUAAUAUAAGUGAAUAAAAAACAGCUACAUAUAAUACAUAAAUACCUAUACAAAUUUAAGGGCAUAAAAUCUGCCUCGCUGAUUUUACCAAGUAUAUUAAUAAGUUAAACAGUGAAGUUAAAAUGAAUAAAAAUGAGCAUUCUCCCGGAAGAUGCACUGCACCGCAAGAAAUACUUAACUCGCACACAAACCGGGUUUGCUAUUCACCACAGAAUCGAUUGGUCCCUUGGAGUCAGCAUUCAGUAGUGAAUUCAGUGGCAAAUGUUGAGCAAACCGGAUCUAUAACUGCUGCGCGUUCAAAAAGUCAAAACUUAGGUUUAAUUUGUGUUGUCUGUGGAGAUACCAGCUCUGGGAAACAUUAUGGAAUUUUAGCUUGCAAUGGUUGCUCGGGAUUUUUCAAGCGAAGUGUUCGACGAAAACUCAUUUACAGAUGUCAAGCCGGAACAGGUCGAUGUAUUGUGGACAAAGCACAUAGAAAUCAGUGUCAAGCUUGCCGCCUUAAGAAGUGCCUUCAAAUGGGGAUGAAUAAAGAUGCAGUGCAAAAUGAGCGACAGCCGCGAAACACAGCCACUAUACGGCCUGAAACGCUGCGGGAGAUGGAACACGGGCGAGCUUUGCGGGAAGCGGCCGUAGCUGUUGGAGUGUUUGGACCACCAGUUCUGUUAUCUCCACCAUGCUAUGGUUCUGGCCUACUACCACCUUCCUCUUUAUCGAAUCUUCCAACAAAUCGGCGAUUACAUCACAAUCACAUUUCCAAGGCAUUACAACUUUCUUCAAAUGUAUCACAGGCAGGCGGUUUCUCUGUAUUUAACAACAACCUUCAAUUUUCUAAGGGUAACUCUUAUAAGACCUCAAUGGAUCUUUCCAAUGGAACAGUAUCUGUGUCUACGAACUCAAGUAGUACAAAUUCAAUAGAUCCGAGUUCCCCCAUAUCUGAUACAGUUUUAGAUAAAAAUCCUGUAGGAGGAAGUGUUUCGUCUAUAAGUUCGACCAGUUCUGUCCAUGACAAUGAUAAUGAUGAUGAUUCCAUCGAUGUUACCAAUGAUGAAGAGCCUCUGCGGAAUGAAAAACUAGAUUGCCAUUUUACGAUACCGACAUUUGUACCACAAAACUUGUACGUUCAGCCGCAUGAGACAGUUUAUGAAACCAGUGCUCGCCUUCUCUUUAUGGCCGUAAAGUGGGCAAAAAAUUUACCAAGUUUUGCGAGUCUGUCCUUCCGAGAUCAGGUCAUUCUCUUAGAAGAAUCAUGGUCGGAUCUUUUUCUACUCAACGCCAUUCAAUGGUGCAUUCCCUUAGACCCUACUGGAUGUACUUUAUUCUCAGUUUCAGAACACUGCAAUAAUUAUGACACUACGCAAGAAACUGAGAAUUGUGUUACUAAAGAAGAAGUAGCCGCCAGUGUACGGACAUUACAUGAAAUUUUCUACAAAUAUAAGGCAGUUUUAGUUGAUCCCGCUGAAUUUGCAUGCAUGAAAGCAAUAGUUUUAUUUCGGCCCGAAACCCGGGGGCUCAAAGACCCCGCCCAAAUAGAAAACCUCCAAGACCAAGCUCAUGUGAUGCUAUCUCAACACACAAAAUCGCAGUUUCUUACACAGAUCGCACGAUUUGGUCGUCUACUCUUGAUGCUGCCUCUUUUACGAACUGUAAAUUCUCAUAAAAUCGAACUAAUAUAUUUUCAACGUACAAUUGGAAAUACGGCAAUGGAAAAAGUGCUCUGCGAUAUGUAUAAGAACUGAAAUGAUGGCUUUUUAAAUAUAUUUGUAUACAUAAAUAUGUACAUACCUACAUAUACUAAUAUUUCUUACAGUACGAAGAUGUGUGUUCCUAUACCAAGAAUAAGUAAUUAUAUAAUAGAAGAGCGGUUUGUAUGUAUGAUUAUUUCCGCUCUUAACUUUUAUCUUAAAAGAAAAGGAAGCUAACCUUUAAUCUGAAAUCCGGUUGUCUAAUUGCAUACAUACAUAUUGCAUCAUACUUAAAAUUCUGUUUUGACUAAUGGUGCGGAAAAUUGUGUGUCUUAUUGUUAAAAUCAUCUGUUAUAUCACGUCAUCCAAUUAGGUUCAAGUAUCCGUCAAAAGCUUAAUUUAAAAGACUUCUCGCACAUAUUACAGUUUGAAAAGAUGUUAAAUGUCACGAUGUAUAAUUGCAGCAAUCGAAAAAAUACUUUACACAAAUUGUGUAUCUCAUAUAUAACAUCUGUGAUUCUAAAAUAAUCGAAACCUGUACAUAUCUUUCUCUACUAUAUACGACGGUUUACUGUAUAUCGUCAUCUAAAAUGCAAUACAGCUUUUUUCUUUUCGUUAAUUUACAGAAAAAGGUAAAAAUGGUAUAAAAUAGAAACUACUCACAUUGAAACAAAAUUUGAAUUAUGCUUACAACAUAUGUAUGUACGUAAAUGAUGUAGUGAAACGUAAUCAAUAAAAAAUCAAUUUCGAAUUUUUGGAUGAUGCGUUGUUUUGCAUUUUAGUUGACGAUAUAUAUGUAAGUAUAUUGUUUAAUAGAAUGUGAAAUAGUGAGAGUCUUGUUUGAAGUCAAAAAUUAAUGAAAGCGGUCUAUAUACAAGUAUAUCGAUUUCUUUGAAUACCCAUUAUAAUGAUUUUCUUAACUACAUAAAUUAAUAACUAAUUUAUCUUUAUUUCGAAUAUUUUAGUUAGCGCGGGAGAUUUAUCAAAAGUAAAUAAAAGAGAAAAUUACAAUGUUUGAUAUUAAAACUAGAAAAUGAAUGUAAUGAAGUCAGUAUAAGUUAAUAUGACACCAAAAAUAACAAUUGUUGAAGUCAUUCGUAUACCUAGAAAUAUUUGAUAUAUAUUUGGGAUGGCCGGUAAAAUCGUUCAAUUAACUUCUUUCACCCAGACGCGUUAUAUUGUUGAUUCUUUAUUAAAUAUCGUAGUCUCAAGUUACGACCCACUUAUAGCAUUCACCUAAAUCAAAAGAUUAAGCUAUAGUGCACAUUUUUGUUGUAUUCAAAAAUAUUAAUAUUGGGAAAUUCUCAUGACAGUACGACUUUAUAAAUAUUCUUAUAACCAUAUAAAAUUUGGCGCCAUAUAAAUACUUUCUAAAAACUAAAUUGCGGAACACACACGUAUGUAAAUAAAUACAAAUAUACGUACAGUCUUCUAUAAAGUUUAUACCUCCAUAACUACCAACAUUAUAAAAGUUUGUGAGUAAUAGAAUAUUUGUUAAAAAUACUGUUAAAACUUCAAGUUCUAAUAAGUAAAAAAUUAAAAUGUAUGUAUACCGUAUGUAUUAGGUAGUAGUUUUCAUUUACAAAAUAAAUAAGUCAAAGAAUGCCUUACCGAAA